GACUGCAGCUUUAAAUAAUUUCAUAUCAUAAAGUUCUCUCGAUAACUUGCGGCAAAGUGAGUCAAAUGAAUUCAUGAGGGAUUCAUACAAUUCAGUAAAAAAGAACUGUCUUAUAAGAAACAAUCGGACUUGCCCUGUAUGUUUGUGAUUCAGUUAAAAGAAAUGGCUCAUAUUAAUUUGGUAAUCGUUGUACGUUUUUGAUUCACUAAAAAGAACGGCUCAUAAACUGUUAUAAACAGGCAAUGUUUUUUUUUUUUUUUUAACAAUCCGGUUAUGAAAAAAAAAAAAGCUUUCGGUUCCGGUUGACGGCACUGAACUACAUUAUCGGUUCACAAAACGUAAUGACUUAACGUCAUAGAAUUCAAAAUUUGACCGUUAUUUGGCAGUCGAGCACCCUUCCCCUUUAAAUUAACUACACGUCUCCAUCAUGAGCCUUAGCAUGAAAAUUCUCAUUUUUAUGUGUGCCUUUGGGUGGGGGGUAAUUUUUUAUUUUGCCGCGAUCGGUACUCCGCCCGAAGAGCAUUAUCUGUGCGGAAACAGGCCUGAGAGAGUGGUUGCACGCCGAGAUAAACGGAUGAUCGGAGGCGAGAACGUAAAAGUGAGAUUUUGGCCGUGGCAGGUGUCUGUACAGUACCAGCCCAAUUCAUCUGCCCCGUUCACUCAGGUCUGCGGUGGAGCUAUCGUCCACCGAUACUGGAUAAUGACCGCAGCUUCAUGUGUAAAUGAGCAGCAGCAAAGCCAAUUCUUGAUCCGAGCAGGAAGCAGUAGAUUGGAUGUUGAUGCUAAGUCCACGCAGAAAUCAGAAGUCGCCAGAAUUAUUAAACACAAACGAUUCAAUCCUGUCUCUUUGCGGUACAAUAUUGCUCUUUUAGAAAUGGCGACCCCUUUUAAGUUUAAUGAGUUUGUCCAUCCCAUCUGUGUGCCUGAUGAAGACACUGCCGAUCAUAGAUAUGAAUCGUGUCACAUCACGGGAUACAACGCUCAGCCUGGUGAUGAUAUCGGCGUACUGCAAGAGGCCGAAGUGGAGUUAAUGUCACGGUCCUUGUGCAAUAAGCCAGAGUAUUGGAACUAUACUGUGGCAGCAGACAUGCUUUGUGUUGGUGAUUUCGGUGGUGGUGUUGACGGAUGUGAGACAAAUCUUGGUGGACCGCUGAACUGCUAUAUCAAAAUUGAGGAGCGCUACUUUUUGAUUGGAAUUCGCGUGAAGGCCACUUCUUGUGGAGAACUUAACCGACCAAAUGUUUAUUUGAAAGUCUACAGCCUCUAUUAUUGGAUUGAGCGUGAAAUGAAUAUCACCUCAGAUUAAAUAUGAUUUUGCAAAUACAUAAUGGUGUUCUGUAUAUACAGUAGGCCUAAUUCAAAUAUCCAGUAGAGUGUGCUUUUUUCAUGAUUGUAUUGACAUGAGAAGAACUAAAGUGAUGAAUAAGAAUCAGAGGAUAUGGUGACCUCUGGUGGACAAAUCUGAAUUUAGCCUGAAGCUUUCAGGAGCUUGUAUCCUGAUGAUUUUAUUUGAUGAUUCCUGAAUUCAUGAAAUGUCAUGUAAACAAGAGUGGAUUUUCCUGAAAGUGUGUGGAUUAUUUGAGGACAUAAAUAUAAUUUCUUAAUAUGUCCCUGUAUUUAUACCUACAGUAAGCUUGCUUUGAAUGACAAGCAUGUGCUCCAUGAUGGUCAUUUCAGAACCUAAAAACAGGUCAAAUAAAUUAAAUUCAGUAUUUGCACUGAUGUACAGUUUUGCUAACCCUGAUGCUAUAUUAUCACUAAAUUUUGGAUUCAUUCUUUUUAUUUUCUUUCAAUUUUAGAUAAAGAUUUUUCAGCACAGGUUAAAUAGA